GACGGCCAUGCAAAUCAGGAGCAGCAAUGUAUGUAAACAGUCACUCCAGUCAUCAGGUCGCUACCGUUUUUGGCUGCAUGCGCACCAGCGUUACGUGAUCCGCCUGCUAAACACUUCAAUAGUUCACACUGACGUUAUAUAAACCGGAACUCCAGUGACGUUUGCUAUUCGAGCAAUUCGCCAGACAAAAUGGCUCCCUUGAGGAUAACAUACGCAGCUCUUUGUUACAUUUCUUUGUUCAUGGAACUCGCGACGACCUUGACCCAAAUCGGUGACCUCUCACGUUCCGAACAGCCCCCGACGUGGCCUUCCACCUUCUCGGUAAAUUUCCACGAAGAAAACUGGGUCUGGAUCAUUCCGCUGGCCAGGAACGCAGGCGCUUGGCACUACGACUUCGCCAACAAGCGGAUGCGGUACGAUCAUCUGCAGGGCCAGUUUGACAAUUUUUGUCACGGCCGCGGCUUGGACCUGAAAGACUCCCGAGGCGACUGCCACUUGUUGUUUAACGCCACGGACAUGUUCGUGCACUACCCUGGGGAACAGAAGUGCUGUAGGGCCUGUGGGGUCGCGGAGGGGUGCACCGUACUCAAGCCGAACUGGCUGGCAGGGGGGACCUACCUGGGCACCGAGACUAUCAAUGGUACUGUGUGCCAUGGAUGGGAAACAGACGGAGCCGCCGCAACGGACAGGUGGUACCAGACAGAAGACGGCACGCCGUGCCGAUACGCGGAGACGAUCAAAUUCUGGCCGCACUCGACUCACAACAUAACCUUCCACAUGAGUUCCUACAGUCGCGACCCCAUCCCAAAUAGCGUCUUCCACGUACCGGCGUACUGCAACGUCAGAUGUCCGUCCCCCUGGCGGCCCUUGUCCGCACUGCAACCAAGCAUCCGAGUCACAACGUAACCUUCGACAGGAGUUCAAACAGUAUUGUAAUCCGACACCGUAGGAUGUCUGCUACAGCACCAGUUACGAUGGUGACAGACGUCUGGUCCAAGUCAUUGACUUGUAACAUUAUGUAUUUUUUAAAAAUUAUUUGUAUACUAAAAUUCGUCAAAAUAUUCAUAGUAAAUCACAAAUCAGAUGUUAC